AUGGAUCUUUAUGAUUUUUCUUUCCCUCUCUCAUUUCCCGAAGAGCUCUACGAGGACCUUCGCUUCAACGCUGGGGAUGUGAACUUUUUCGAUGACCUGGAUGGCAAACAAAAUAAUGCUGUGACACCCAAGUUGCGGGACCAUCAGAAUUACCAUAACCAUCAUCAAGUCCCGGUGGCGGAAGACAAGCAUGUGAGGGCUCCGCGGGAAUUCCACCAGGGAGAGAACUGCUUACUAUGGGCCUGCAAAGCAUGCAAGAAGAAGUCAACACAUGAAGACAGGAGGAAGGCGGCAACAAUGAGAGAGAGGCGACGACUGAGUAAGGUCAACGACGCGUUUGAGACCCUGAAGCGCUGCUCGGCUUCCAACCCCAACCAAAGGCUUCCCAAAGUGGAGAUCCUGAGAAACGCAAUCGACUAUAUAGAGUCUCUGCAGGCUCUGCUGAGGUCAAACAAGGAGGACAGCUUCUACCCAGCGCUUGAACACUUAAGUGCAGACGUCUCCAGCCCCCGCUCCAACUGCUCUGAUGGCAUGGUGGAUUUCUUCACUCCCUGCUCAACCAAGAGUGAAAACACUGACGCUUCUUACUAUGGCGAGACAAAAUAUGAUUCCAGCAAGAGUGCACCAUCACUCCUUUCCAGUUUGGACUGUUUAACCAGCAUUGUGGAGCGCAUCAGCACAAACCAAGCAAAGAUCACCCUGGGUGAUAGUGUGGUGCCCCGUGGCCCUGGAUCCCCACAGAACAGCCCUACAGUCAAUAGAAUUACUGAGGAACACAACAGUAUCUAUGGGCCACUUUGA